AUGGCCGAAGCUACAGAAUAUAAUGUCACUGAAAACAUGCUUUCUUCCACUGACCUUCCCUUCAAUUUCACCAUUGAAUAUGAGGAUUUUCAGACAGAGUCCAAUGCUAGCAAGAUCAUCAUCCCUUCUAUCUAUGCCCUAGUCUGCUGUGUGGGCAUCAUAGGAAAUGCUAUGGUUAUAUAUGUCAUCCUCAAGUAUGCCAAGAUGAAAACAGCGACCAAUAUUUACAUUUUGAACCUUGCAAUUGCUGAUGAACUCUUCAUGUUGAGCGUUCCGUUUCUGGCCACAUCAGCUGCGGUGCGUCACUGGCCCUUUGGAUCGCUGAUGUGUCGGCUGGUCCUUAGCGUGGACGGCAUCAACAUGUUCACCAGCAUUUUUUGCUUGACUGUGCUCAGCGUGGACCGCUAUAUUGCAGUGGUGCACCCCAUCAAGGCAGCACGCUACCGCCGACCUUCUGUCGCCAAAGUGGUUAACGUCUGCGUGUGGGGACUUUCACUUCUUGUUAUCUUGCCCAUCAUUAUCUUUGCAGACACCGUUCCAGCGCAGGAUGGAGGGGUAGACUGUAACUUUCUGUGGCCUGAGUCGUCAUGGUCAGAAGCAUUUGUGGUCUAUACCUUCUUGCUGGGCUUCUUGCUUCCCGUGGCAGCUAUCUGCCUGUGCUACUGUUUGAUUGUGGUGCGUAUGCGAGCAGUAGGCCUCAAGGCAGGAUGGAUGCAGCGGCGGCGUUCCGAGAAGAAGAUCACUUGCAUGGUGCUACUGGUGGUUGCUGUCUUCGUGCUUUGCUGGAUGCCCUUUUACAUAGUGCAGCUUGUGAGUGUGUUCUGCCAGCCACCAGACCCCAUGGUGACUCAGCUGUUUCUCAUUCUAAGCUAUGCUAACAGUGGUGCUAAUCCUAUACUAUAUGGAUUUGUGUCUGACAACUUCCGGCGCUCCUUCCAGAGAAUUGUCUGCUUCCGCUGGUUGGAGAAUGGUCCGGAUGCAGAGCAGGUGGACUACUAUGCUGUGGCCCUCCGUCGUCAAACAACAUGUGGUCCACAGGACUUCCCUAAAGAGUGCUGUUUAGCCUCUGAUAUGGUGUUUCGCAAUGGAACAUGUACCUCUCGUACCACUACCCUGUAAACUUUUCUCUGACUUUUCUCCAAAGCAAACAAAAAAAUUCAUGUUUUCACAUGUAAACAAUUUUAACUGUUUAUUUACAGUAAGUUUACAAUCAUUUACAAUCACUUGAUAUUUAAAUUAUUCAU